AUGACAUCAAAGUCCUGUCAUCAUCCGAAUCAAAGAUCGGCGUUUGGCCUGUCUACGAAGCAGCUUGCAUAGCUUCGGAUGUACGAGCAGUGAGCUACAGGAAAUUCUUGCAGCUGACCAGCAACUGAUCUCUGUUUUACCUGUCAGCAAAAUACAAACAAACUUCAAAGAGCUGCAAACCUCUCUGACAGAGAAAAGUCAGAAUGCGUAAAAGCCCAUCAGGAUCAUCUAAACUGUGCCCAGUCUGAAAGAGAAUACUAUAGGAACUCAUGUAUCAACUCCGAGAAUGCACUUGGGCCGAUUGACACCGAAACAGUACUUGACCGUGAAAGCCGCGAAGCCUGCUCUUUAAACGUCACGGUGCACUAUUCCUUUGAUUACGCCCAGCAGGUCCACAUCCCCAGCAAUCCCAUGCAACCUGGGCCAAUCUACUUCAAGACUCCUCGGAAGUGUGGGAUAUUUGGAGUUAUGUGCAAGGGCCUACCAAGACAAGUCAAUUUCCUCAAAGAUGAGGCCACUUCUGCUGGGAAAGGAGCAAACACAACAAUCAGUUACGUCCACUACUAUUUUGAGCACCAUGGAUUAGGAGAGACAGACGCACAACUUAACGCUGAUGACUGCUCGGGUCAAAAUAAAAACAAUUACUUUUUACGGUACUUCGCGUGGAGAACUUAAAUGAAACUGCAUCAUUCGAUCACAUACUCUUUCCUCAUUGCUGGUCACACCACGUUUGCUCCAGACCGUUCUUUCGGAUUGAUAAAGAAAGCCUUUAAAGUCACAUAUGUUUUGUCGCUCUACGAAUUUGCGCGACUCGUAGAGACUUCCAGCACUAGUGGACUAAACAAAGCACAACUUGUUGGCACGCACGACGGGCGAGUAAUUGUUCCUGUGUACGAUGGGAGUUUGUUUCUCGGGCAGUACUUCAAAAAGUUGCCGAACAUUAAAAAGUUUCAUCAUUUUCGGUUUUCAAACGAAAACCCUGGCAAGGUCUUCUACAAAGAAUUUGUUUCUAGUCCAGAACAGUUGUUUAUGUUGUUGAAGAAUAAUGCUAUUCUUCCGCCACCUUNCCAGAACAGUUGUUUAUGUUGUUGAAGAAUAAUGCUAUUCUUCCGCCACCUUCUAUCCUUCCUGACAUAGUCAAUCCAGAUGGACUGACCGAGGAACACAGGAACUAUCUUUUCCGUGAAAUCAGACAGUUUCGUAAACCCGGAACGGAAGAUAUCGUAGCUCCGGCUCCAUGAAGUUAAGUCACAACAGCUCAUGCAGGAAAACAACAGAACAGUUAGAUUUCUUUAUCUUCCUGUUUGCAUUAUUUACAUGUCUCGCAGUAAAAAAGGUUUGAGUUAGGAAAUGGAUUAUUCAUUGAAUGUUGUAUUUGAACGAUUUUACGAAUUAGUGUUUGUUGUAUUAAUAGAUUUAAUAUUUCUUUGCAUACGCACGAAGACAUGUAAAUAGGUUUUUAGUCGUAUUUAUAAUAAAAAUUGGAGUUCCAUUUCUGUUAUCAUGGUUUCUUGCUUGUAAGAGGUUUAUUGCACACUUGACACUUUUCACAGCGUACAUGUAUCAAAUGUUGAUUACAGACUUAGAACAGAAUAGAAUACAAAGCCUUUAUUUUAACACGAUAAGUCAGUCAGUUUAUCUGCGAGUGUUCCGCCUCUUCAUGACCUGUCGACGAUUGACAUAGACACUUUCGAAAGCUUGAGCGUCGAAGUCGACACUAGCCUUUCACUACAUUCGCCGGCUCCUGCUGCUCCUGCUGCUUCUACACUGGAAACUUCUGCUGCUCCCACACUGGAAACUUCUGCUGUUUCUACAAUGGAAACUCCUGCUGAUCCUACACCAGGACCGUCAGUUCCAACAGUGCCGUAGACAGCGCCGUUGAAAUCCCAGUUGCAGAAGACGUUAUUCGGACAUGUGUAACCCCGAGGAAAGUACAGCGGGUUCGGGAAGCACUCCAAAAAGAAGCAAACAAGCACAGAUGCGCAGUAAACCUUCUUCCCUUCUUCUUCACGAAGGAAGAAAUCAUGAACAGUAACACCAAUGGUUCGCACGGCAAACAAUGCCUGGACAGCAAUAAGUUAAAUUCAUUAAAAGUUUUAGUUUUUAGCAAGUUUCCUGCAGAAUCUGCGACGGAAAAGGAUAAACUGUGGGCAUUCAUAAAAACUAAGAUAAAUGCUACGUGUCGCGCCAUUAAGUACGCAAAUACCACGUGGGCAUAG